AUGCAGUCCGCCGACAAUGCGCCCCCUAACGACCCUCUCGCGUCGCUGUCCAUGGCCAACCCCACCAUGAAGCCCCUACCCUCCAAGCAACGGGGACAACCGCUUAUUCUCGACUCCCGUCCUCUCUCCCAACCCGAAGCCCAGCCGACCACCCCUAUUCGCGAACGACGAACGAACCCGUCGGCUGCCUCCCUCUUCAGGUCAACACUUACACCACCGGGAUCCCGCUCCGGGUCACCAGCACCCAUGGGUUCCCCAGCCCGCAGCCUGACCGGCUCCGUCUUUGGUAGCGGAGGAUUUAAGCAAUCUCUCCUCGACACCGCGGCCGCCGAGAACCCCGGGGAUCCUCUCAACCUCAUCCUCAAGAGCUUCGUCCCUCACAUCGCCAUCCACGACUCGGAAGAUGUUGAACAUUUGGUUAAAGAGAAGGGCUUCAAAGGAGGUCUGUUCGAGCUGCUCCGUCCGUUCGGAGAGCGCGUUCAGGGGAGGGUUACCAUCAGGGAUAGCAACGGGGCAGCACGAACAUGGGAUGACUUCUCAGUCCGCUUCACAAAGUUCGGGGAAGCCAUCGAAGAUCCAGAUACGCUACCAGAUCCACGAUCACUAAGGGGACCUCCGCCUAACGGACAACCACCGGGACAAUACAGCAUGCCGAGGAAGAAGACGAGCUUGGUUCAGCAGGUGGAACAAGUGGUUGAGAAGCAUUUGGGCUUUGCAGAGGAGGCAAGCAUGGGGCCAGCAACACCUACGACGCCCACCAGGCAAGGUCUCGACACCGACGCUACGUCACCAUAUUAUGCCCUUUACCUCCGACGACUACUCUCCGGCAUUCCCAUGGCGUCACACGAAACAUUCUCCCACCCGGUAGCAUGCGUAAUAGCCAUCAGCUCCCGACACCCAGCGCCCAUCGAAGCCCUCAGGCAACUCUACAGCGAAACCACACCGGCGGAGCAAAGGAUACCACCAUGGGUUGACGGCGAUUUCCUGCGCUACUACGUGCUAGUACACGACGAAGAGCGCAGCGACAUCACCAAGUCCAUGCAACUCUUCGACCAAAUGAAGCGCCACUUCGGGCUACACUGCCACUUGCUCCGCAUCCGCUCCUCCCAAUCCGCCGAGACCGACGACGAUAGCAUCCCCCUGCCCCGAUCAGACUGGAUGUCUGCUUCCGAAGAGCUCGCCGACAUCGAACGGUCCGAGCAACUCCAAGACUCGUUCGACGACGACCCGCACCUCUUCAACCGCUACAUCUUCGAAUCCGACGCCACCGCCAUCCGCACUUUCAUCCGCGAAAUGGUCAUCCAGAGCAUAAUACCGACCAUGGAGCGCAACGUUUCGCUCUGGAACGACCAAGUCGCCUCCCGCCGCCGGGGCAUCUCCGGGCGCUUCAUGUCUUUAUCAAAACGCUUUACAAUGUUCGGCUCCAGCUCCUCCUCCUCAUCCACCUCCCGCAACUCCUCCAGUAGUAAUUCAUCCAACGGCUUCGAAACCCUAGGUUACUACCGCCCCGACACCCCCGAAGCCAUCAUGCGCCGCCUGGCCGACUUCGCAUUCAUGCUUCGUGACUGGAAGCUCGCCAUGUCCACCUACGACUUACUGCGAACAGAUUUCCAAAACGACAAAGCAUGGAAAUACCACGCUUCAGCAAACGAGAUGGCCGCCUUGUCUCUGCUUAUCAUGCCGCAGAAUAUGUCUUCAAAAAACAGAGUCGAGAUCAUCAACCCCAUGGUCGAACAGGCUCUGUAUUCUUACCACACGCGCUGCUCUUCGCUGUACGGGGCCGUUCGGUCUACCCUUUUGUCGCUGGAACUCUUGAGGUUAAGAGGCGGGACAGGGAUAGACGAGUCCGUCCGGUGGGGCACCCGUCUCUUGGAGAUGCGGCUGUUCGGUCCCAUUGGCGACGCCUUGCUUAGGGAGCGGUUGGCUGUUUGUUAUGCUUCCAAGCGCGGAACGGGGUCUCAGCUCUGGGGAAGCAGGAGGCGGAAAUCGGCGAUGUGGAGCGUUUUGGCUGCGCAGGCGUGGGUGAGCAUGGGCAAGUAUCUUCAAGCCCAGAAAUGUCUGGCGGAUGCGAGGAGGAUGUACUCUUUGCUGCCGAGCGAGUGGGGUGUGCAAGGGUUUAAUGGGGCGAGCGAGCUUUUGGCGGGACUGAAUGAGGCUGUGAGAGAAGGGUUGAGGGUGACGAGGGAGUAUGCUGAGGCGCUGGAGGCUGAGGGGGGACAUUCUCAUUCUCAGGGCGGUGGAAAUAAUGAGGGAGAGGGAAUGGGGUUGGGAUUGCAGUUUGAUGAAAGCAGUAACCUUACUAUCCGACCCAAGCCUGACGCAUCAGCUACAGGCACCAGCACAGGGACACAGGAAGUGCUAGUGGACGUGGACGUGGAACAAGACGGGUUUAACGGACAGUCUGCCUCUUCGCAAUCACAAGAAUCACAAGGGCCGCCACAAAUACCCACACCCACCGCAUCUUCAUCAUCGGCACACUCACCGGAAAUAACCCGGGACUCCGAACCCACCCCACAACAAUCAGGAGGCUUCGAAGACGCUACUCCCAGCAGUGGUCCCAGCAGCGGAAACAGCCCCACCCGCCCACGAAAAGCAAGUAUGGCCGUUCGAACCUCGAAGGCAUUAUCGGCUGCGGAUCUAGAACAAGCUGGUCUAGGUCCAGGGCCGCUGUCACCGUUGAUGCCGGCUAGGUUGGCUAGUGGGAGCGGGAGUGUGAGUGGAAGGGGGGAUGAAAGCAAGAGUAGUAGUAGUAGUAGAGAUGGGAAGGAUGGUAGCGGGUUUCAUUAA